AUGCCCACUACCGCCUGUGACCACCACAGCGCCGCGUCACGCCGCCGACUUCGAGGCUGCUUCAUCGUCUCCCUCGCCGUACUCCUCCUCCUCACUGUGGCCGUCGCCGUGCUAGCCAUCACGGCGCUCCGCCCGCACCCGGCAGACACCACCAUCUCAACGAUCCAGCUCACCUCCGUGUCUCUCUCCCCCGGACACUCCCUCAACGUGACGCUCGACGUCGUCCUCUCCAUCCGCAACCCCAGCCCCAUCGCGUCCUUCGCGCAUGGCGCCGGCCACGCUGAGGUCUACUACCACGGCGCGCUCGCCGCGGACGCCAACGUGCCGCCCGGACGCAUCGGCGCGGGAGGGACCAACGUGGUGACCAUCAGGCUCACGGUGCUCGCUGAUCGCCUCGCCCUGUACGCGCCUCAGCUGUACAGUGACGUGCUCGGCGGCGCUGGGGGCGUCUCGCUCACCGUGCGGACGACCGUGCCAGGGACGGUCACGGUGCUCGGCCUGCUCAGGCACCACGCCGUCGUGCUCACGGUGUGCGACGUCGUUGUCAGCGUGCGGCGCCCCGGCACACAGAGCUCGUCGUGCCAUUACCGGACCAAGUUCUAG